AACAUGUGGAUUGAGCGGACCACUUACACCACGGCCUACAAACUGCCUGGCAUCCUGCGAUGGUUUGAAGUCAAGUCUGUCUCCACGGUGAGUGUGUGUGUGUGUGUGUGUGUGUGUGUGUGUGUGUGUGUGUGUGUGUGUGUGUGUCAACGUCAAGUCGGUCUCCAGUGAGUGUGAUGAGCUUGGGCGCCAAGCAGACAUUACUAAUCAAAUCAGGAUCUGUGGCCUACGCAGUGGAUCGAUCUGAUUUUGUCCACUUAACCUGUACAGACAUACACACUUUCCACUGCCAGCGCUGCUCAUCGAUUUACCUUUUACUGUUUAAAGUCCCUUAAGCAUCUCCUAUAUUUCUAUAGCCUUUUCACAUGAACACAAUGUCUGAGUAAUUAUUAUUUCAUUCUUUGUUCAUAAUAGCACCCUGGUGUGUGUGUGUGUGUGUGUGUGUGAGAGAGAGAGAGAGAGAGAGAGAGAGAGAUGAUCUGUUUCUGUAUGUACAGUAUCAGUCAGAGCCCUGCAGAGAGUCUGUCAACUCAUCCUUUUAAUAUUUCAUUAUUUGGUCCAAAACCAAAUCCAGUACUUAAUGUAAUUAGGCUGUCUGAGUAUUCUGGAAUCAAUGAUGCUUUAUUUGUCCCUUUGAUUAAUCCCUUUCAUGUCAGAGCUGGUGAAGAGAAGGGGAUCUCUAUCUAGUCUCUCUGUCUCUCUCUCCAUCUCUACUCUCUCUGUCUCAAUAUAACUCUCUCUCUCUACGAUCUCUCUCUCUCUACUAUCACACUCUCUCGACUACCUCUCUACUAUCUCUCGCUCUACCUCGCUCUACUAUCUCUCGCUACUAUCUCUCUGUCUCUCACUACUCUCUCUCUCUAUCUCUCUCUACUGUCUCUCUCUCCCUCUAUACUAUUUCUCUCUAAUAUCUCUGUACUAUCUCUAUCUCUACUAUCUCACUCUCUACUGUCUCUCUCUACUAUCUCUCUCUACUAUCUCUCUAGUGUCUCGCUCUACUAUCGCUCGCUCUACUAUCUCUCUAUCUAUCUAUCUCUCUAGUACCUCUCUACUAUCUCUCUCUACUACCUCUCUCUACUAUCUCCCUCUCUACUAUCUCUCUCUCUGCUAUCUCUCGCUACUAUCUCUCUCUGUCUCCAACUACUCUCUCUCUACUACUAUCUCUCCCUACUAUCUCUCUCUGUCUCCAACUACUCUCUCUCUACUAUCUCUCUACUAUCUCUCUCUCAUUAUAAUCUCCCUCUAUAAUCUCUCUCUACUAUUUCUUUAAUAUCUCUGUACUAUCUCUCUCUACUAUUUCGCUCUAUCUCUCUACUCUCUCUCUCUCUCUGCUAUCUCUCUACUAUCACUCUCUAUCUCUCUAUCUACAAUCUCUCUACUAUCUCCAUAUCUCUAUCUCUCUCUCUAAUAUACAGUGUGGGAAAAAAGUAUUUAGUCAGCCACCAAUUGUGCAAGUUCUCCCACUUAAAAAGAUGAGAGAGGCCUGUAAUUUUCAUCAUAGGUACACGUCAACUAUGACAGACAAAAUGAGAGAAAAAAAUCCUGAAAAUCACAUUGUAGGAUUUUUAAUGAAUUUAUUUGCAGAUUAUGGUGGAAAAUAAGUAUUUGGUCAAUAACAAAAGUUUCUCAAUACUUUGUUAUAUACCCUUUGUUGGCAAUGACACAGGUCAAACGUUUUCUGUAAGUCUUCACAAGGUUUUCACACACUGUUGCUGGAAUUUUGGCCCAUUCCUCCAUGCAGAUCUCCUCUAGAGCAGUGAUGUUUUGGGGCUGUCGCUGAGCAACAUGGACUUUCAACUCCCUCCAAAAAUUUUCUAUGGGGUUGAGAUCUGGAGACUGGCUAGGCCACUCCAGGACCUUGAAAUGCUUCUUACGAAGCCACUCCUUCGUUGCCCGGGCGGUGUGUUUGGGAUCAUUGUCAUGCUGAAAGACCCAGCCACGUUUCAUCAUCAAUGCCCUUGCUGAUGGAAGGAGGUUUUCACUCAAAAUCUCACGAUACAUGGCCCCAUUCAUUCUUUCCUUUACACGGAUCAGUCGUCCUGGUCCCUUUGCAGAAAAACAGCCCCAAAGCAUGAUGUUUCCACCCCCAUGCUUCACAGUAGGUAUGGUGUUCUUUGGAUGCAACUCAGCAUUCUUUGUCCUCCAAACACGACGAGUUGAGUUUUUACCAAAAAGUUAUAUUUUGGUUUCAUCUGACCAUAUGACAUUCUCCCAAUCCUCUUCUGGAUCAUCCAAAUGCACUCUAUCAAACUUCAGACUGGCCAGGACAUGUACUGGCUUAAGCAGGGGGACACGUCUGGCACUGCAGGAUUUGAGUCCCUGGCGGCGUAGUGUGUUACUGAUGGAAGGCUUUGUUACUUUGGUCCCAGCUCUCUGCAGGUCAUUCACUAGGUCCCCCCGUGUGGUUCUGGGAUUUUUGCUCACCGUUCUUGUGAUCAUUUUGACCCCACGGGGUGAGAUCUUGUGUGGAGCCCCAGAUCGAGGGACAUUAUCAGUGGUCUUGUAUGUCUUCCAUUUCCUAAUAAUUGCUCCCACAGUUGAUUUCUUCAAACCAAGCUGCUUACCUAUUGCAGAUUCAGUCUUCCCAGCCUGGUGCAGGUCUACAAUUUUGUUUCUGGUGUCCUUUGACAGCUCUUUGGUCUUGACCAUAGUGGAGUUUGGAGUGUGACUGUUUGAGGUUGUGGACAGGUGUCUUUUAUACUGAUAACAAGUUCAAACAGGUACCAUUAAUACAGGUAACGAGUGGAGGACAGAGGAGCCUCUUAAAGAAGAAGUUACAGGUCUGUGAGAGCCAGAAAUCUUGCUUGUUUGUAGGUGACCAAAUACUUAUUUUCCACCAUAAUUUGCAAAUAAAUUCAUUAAAAAUCCUACAAUGUGAUUUUCUGGAUUUUUUCUCCUCAAUUUGUCUCUCAUAGUUGACGUGUACCUAUGAUGAAAAUUACAGGCCUCUCUCAUCUUUUUAAGUGGGAGAACUUGCACAAUUGGUGGCUUACUAAUUACUUUUUUUCCCCACUGUAUAUAUCUCUCUACUGUCUCCCUCUCUCUACAAUCUUUCUCUCUACUAUUUCCCUCUCUACUAUCUCUCUCUCUACUAUCUCUCGCUACUAUCUCUCUUUGUCUCACACUACUCUCUCUCUCUACUAUCUCUGCCUACUGUCUCUCUCUACUAUCUCUCUCUCUGUCAUUAUAGUCUCCCUCUAUAAUCUCUCUCUACUAUUUCUCAAAUAUCUCUGUACUGUCACUAUCUCUACUAUUUCGCUCUAUCUCUCUCUACUAUCUCUAUACUCUCUCUCUCUCUACUAUCUCAUCUAAUCUCUCUACUAUCUUCCUCUACUAUCUCUCUACUAUCUCCAUCUCUCUACUUACUCUCUCUCUAAUAUAUCCCUCUCUACUAUCUCUCUCUCUACUAUCUCUCUCUACUAUCUCUCUCUCUACUCUGUCUCUAUUAUCUCGCUCUCUACUAUCUCUCUCUUUAUCUCUCUUGACUCUCUCUCUACUAUCUCUGCUGCAGUACACAAUCAACCAUAUCUAGUGUGUCCUGUCUGGGUGUUGCUGCAGUAGUAACCAACCAUAUCUAGUGUGUCCUGUCUGGGUGUUGCUGCAGUAGAAACCAACCAUAUCUAGUUUGUCCUGUCUGGGUGUUGCUGCAGUAGAAACCAACCAUAUCUAGUGUGUCCUGUCUGGGUGUUGCUGCAGUAGUAACCAACCAUAUCUAGUGUGUCCUGUCUGGGUGUUGCUGCAGUAGUAACCAACCAUAUCUAGUGUGUCCUGUCUGGGUGUUGCUGCAGUAGACAAUCAACCAUAUCUAGUGUGUCCUGUCUGGGUGUUGCUGCAGUAGAAAACCAACCAUAUCUAGUGUGUCCUGUCUGGGUGUUGCUGCAGUAGUAACCAAUCAUAUCUAGUGUGUCCUGUCUGGGUGUUGCUGCAGUAGUAACCAACCAUAUCUAGUUUGUCCUGUCUGGGUGUUGCUGCAGUAGUAACCAACCAUAUCUAGUGUGUCCUGUCUGGGUGUUGCUGCAGUAGUAACCAACCAUAUCUAGUGUGUCCUGUCUGGUUGUUGCUGCAGUAGGAACCAACCAUAUCUAGUGUGACCUGUCUGGGUGUUGCUGCAGUAGUAACCAACCAUAUCUAGUGUGUCCUGUCUGGUUGUUGCUGCAGUAGACAAUCAACCAUAUCUAGUGUGUCCUGUCUGGGUGUUGCUGCAGUAGUAACCAACCAUAUCUAGUGUGUCCUGUCUGGGUGUUGCUGCAGUAGUAACCAACCAUAUCUAGUGUGUCCUGUCUGGGUGUUGCUGCAGUAGUAACCAAUCAUAUCUAGUGUGUCCUGUCUGGGUGUUGCUGCAGUAGUAACCAACCAUAUCUAGUGUGUCCUGUCUGGGUGUUGCUGCAGUAGUAACCAACCAUAUCUAGUGUGUCCUGUCUGGGUGUUGCUGCAGUAGUAACCAACCGUAUCUAGUGUGUCCUGUCUGGGUGUUGCUGCAGUUGUAACCAACCAUAUCUAGUGUGUCCUGUCUGGGUGUUGCUGCAGUAGAAACCAACCAUAUCUAGUGUGUCCUGUCUGGGUGUUGCUGCAGUUGUAACCAACCGUAUCUAGUGUGUCCUGUCUGGUUGUUGCUGCAGUAGUAACCAACCAUAUCUAGUGUGUCCUGUCUGGGUGUUGCUGCAGUAAAAACCAACCAUAUCUAGUGUGUCCUGUCUGGGUGUUGCUGCAGUAGAAACCAACCAUAUCUAGUGUGUCCUGUCUGGGUGUUGCUGCAGUAGUAAUCAACCAUAUCUAGUGUGUCCUGUCUGGUUGUUGCUGCAGUAGUAACCAACCAUAUCUAGUUUGUCCUGUCUGGGUGUUGCUCCAUCCACGGCAUAUUGUCACCCAGAUGAGCUGGGAACAGGGCAGGUCCCCCACGGUAUAUUGUCACCCAGAUGAGCAGAGAACAGGGCAGGUCCCCCACGGUAUAUUGUCACCCAGAUGAGCUGGGAACAGGGCAGGUCCCCCACGGCAUAUUGUCACCCAGAUGAGCUGGGAACAGGGCAGGUCCCCCACGGUAUAUUGUCACCCAGAUGAGCUGGGAACAGGGCAGGUCCCCCACGGUAUAUUGUCACCCAGAUGAGCUGGGAACAGGGCAGGUCCCCCACGGUAUAUUGUCACCCAGAUGAGCUGGGAACAGGGCAGGUCCCCCAUGGUAUAUUGUCACCCAGAUGAGCUGGGUACAGGGCAGGUCCCCCAUGGUAUAUUGUCACCCAGAUGAGCAGAGAACAGGGCAGGUCCCCCAUGGUAUAUUGUCACCCAGAUGAGCUGGGAACAGGGCAGGUCCCCCAUGGUAUAUUGUCACCCAGAUGAGCUGGGAACAGGGCAGGUCCCCCACGGUAUAUUGUCACCCAGAUGAGCUGGGAACAGGGCAGGUCCCCCACGGUAUAUUGUCACCCAGAUGAGCUGGGAACAGGGCAGGUCCCCCACGGUAUAUUGUCACCCAGAUGAGCUGGGAACAGGGCAUGGUCCCCCACGGUAUAUUGUCACCCAGAUGACUGGGAACAGGGCAGGUCCCCCCCCACGGUAUAAUUGUCACCCAGAUGAGCUGGGAACAGGGCAGGUCCCCCACGGUAUAUUGUCACCCAGAUGAGCUGGGAACAGGGCAGGUCCCCCACGGUAUAUUGUCACCCAGAUGAGCUGGGAACAGGGCAGGUCCCCCACGGUAUAUUGUCACCCAGAUGAGCUGGGAACAGGGCAGGUCCCCCAUGGUAUAUUGUCACCCAGAUGAGCAGAGAACAGGGCAGGUCCCCCACGGUAUAUUAUUUAUUUCCCCCCCCCCCCCCCCCCCCCCACGUCCUAGGGCUUUAUUCAAUCCGUAUCGCAGAUGUUCAGCGUUACAGCGUGAUUGACAUUUAAAGGCAAUGUUACCGCGUUACUGGAGACUGCAUUCACGGUAAACGCUGCAUAUGUCGGCUCAAUCAGAAAUGACCUUUACAUUCCUAUUGCGCAAUCUGUAAGGCUUCAGCAAUCCAGAUUGGAUAGAGCCCAUAGUCUUUCUAAAUCCUUCCAUCUGAUGCCUGUCUUAAAGAGGCUAGUCAGGUUGGGAUUCACUGCAGAUUGGAGAUGUGUCACCCUGCCAGGCAGUCACACAGAUCCUUCUAAAAGUAGAAGAAAACAAUGCAUCAAUGUUUCAACUGUAAUUUACUCAGACAAUCCACACACGUUCUACCGUUGUCAUCACCAAUCUGUCCCAGAGAUUCAGACAUCAGAUCCCCUCGUGUAGACGUCCUGUUGUUAUACUGGCUCUCACUCACAGAUUAACCUCAACUUGAAAUUAAUAUGAACUUUGACCCUUCCUGGUGUUCUUUACUUCCUGCUUCCUGUGUUCAGGAGGAGAUCAGCCCAUUGGAGAAUGCCAUGGAGACAAUGCAACUGACCAAUGAGAAGAUCAGCAACAUGGUGCAGCGUCACCUGAAUGACUCCAACCUUCCCAUCAACCCCCUCUCCAUGCUGCUCAACGGCAUCGUGGACCCCGCUGUCAUGGGUGGCUUCACCAACUACGAGAAGGUACAGUAGCAUUUCACUUUUUUCUACCUUACUUAGCUAAUGAAUACAGCUUUAGUCAUUUAUUAUGAACCCAACGUCUAAUAACAGCUUUAGUCAUUUAUUAUGAACCCAACACCUAAUAACAGCUUUAGUCAUUUAUUAUGAACCCAAAAUAACAACCAUAGUUUGUUUGAACUAUCUGAUCAUAGUGGUUUGGAACAUCUUCCCCAUGUAGAAAAAUACAACCUAUUUCAUACAGGAGACAUAAAAGAUUGUUACUGUAAUGAGUUCUGACUUCUCCUCCUCUCUCCACCCUCUCUCUCUUCCUCUCUCCACCCACUCUCCACCCUCUGUCCCCUCCUCUCUCUCCUCUCUCCCCACCCCUCUCUCCUCUCUCCCCUCCUCUCUCCUCUCUCCCCACCUCUCUCUCCUCUCUCCCCCCUCCUCUCCCCCUCCCCCUCUAACUCCCUCCUGCUCUCCCUUCUCGCUCCCCCUCUCCCCCCCUCCUCCCUCUCCCGUCUCCUCUCUUCCCCGCCCCCUCUCCACCCGCUCCCUCUCUCCCCUCUCUCUUCUCUCCACCCUCUCCACCCUCACUUCUCCUCUCUCUCCUCUCUCCACCUCUCCCCUCCCUCUCCUCUCUCCCCUCCUCUCUCUCCCCUCUCCACCUCUCCUCUCUUCCUCCCCCUCUCACCCCUCUCCUCUCCUCUCUCCACCCUCUCUCUUCCUUCCACCCUCUCUCCCCUCUCCACCCUCCCAUCUCCUCUCUCUCCUCUCUCCACCCUUCCUCCUCUACUUCCCCAUCAUCUCCUCUCUCCUUCUCCUCUCUCCCCUCCUCUCUCCUCCUCUCCCAACCUCCUCCUCUCUCCUCCUCCUCUCCCACCUCACUCCUCCACCUCUACUCUCUCCCCUACUCUCUCUCCUCUCUCCUUUCUCCCCUCCUCUCUCUCCCCUCUCCACCUCUCAUCUCUCCCCUCCUCCUCCUUCUCCCCUUAUCUCCUCUCCGCUCUUCCUCCUUUCUCCUCUCCUCUCCUCCCUCUCCUCGUCCGCUCCUCUUCCUCUCCUCUCCUCUCCUCUCCUCUCCUCUCCUCUCCCCUACUCUCGUUCCCCUCUCCACCUCUCCUCUCCUCUCUCCCCUCCUCUCUCCCCUCUCCACCUCCCCUCUCUUCUCUCUCUUAUCUCCUCUCUCCUCUCCUGUCUCCACUCUCGUCUCCUCUCUGUCCUCUCUCCUCUCCUCUCUGCAGGCGUUCUUCACAGAGAAGUACCAAAAGGAUCACCCUGAGGACCAGGAGAAACUGGGCAAACUGAAAGACCUCAUUGCUUGGCAG